AUGCUCGAUAACGCCCGUGAAAACGCUGUCUCCAACAGCGAGAUUAAACACUUCUUUGCCGAAUAUGAGGAGUUCCUAAAAGAGCAUCCGAUACCCCCCCCCCUCAGAUAUUCAACUGUGACGAGACCGUCGCUGAAUUUCAAGCUCGCUCGCAAAAAGACGUUAUUGCAGCUCGGGAAGCAAAACAUGUGUCCGUUCGUCGAGACACGCAAUCUUGAAUCGCUGGGAGAAAAGGAUCGAGUCACGAGCCAUCGCCAGAGUGCUCCAAGGAUCAAUCACGGUAUUUUCGACCUAGCAACAUCGACGGCGACGGUUCAAGUGACGACACGGCGUCACGAUGGUGUGAGCCACACCAUUCCGAAGCAUCAUCGGGUCGUAGCGAUCCGAAUAGUACGCACGAAGAAAGGAUUAGAAGAGAGUAAGGGCCAAGUGGCUCAAACAACAACAGAGCAGAUUUUUCCCUGGAGCACACAAGUGUUAAGCGUCGAGAAUUCUUUGCAAUUGAAAGUCUGCCACGUGCAAUGA